ACAACAUAACUGUGAAUUCGAUUAAGUAAAAAAAAAAUUAAAAAAUCGAGCAACUCGAUUUCUCGGCUUGUCGUCUGGGCCAUAAACUACAAAUUCGAAAACACACAUCGGCACCCUCAAAACGACGGCAUCAUCGUUACAGUUUUAUUAUUUCGCCGCCGCCGCCACCGCUGCGGCCGACGUCGACGACGACGACGACGACGAUUUCGGUCGGCCCUAAAGCGCGAGCGACAAGCUCGGUCUCGGCGCAGUGCGCUCUCGGGCCGCGCGAGUCACGCUCGUUUUCAUACUCGUCCCGGUGCGAGCGGAGCACAUCGCGUUCGGUGACGGUUUCGCGCCUAACCACACACGCGGCGGUCACAUCGUGUGGUCUCACUGGUCUCGCGCGAGUCAUGACGCGUAGCGGUGAUGGCGGUGGCUCGGGGUCCACGGCCGAUUAGAUGCGUAUACUUACCCGUCCCGAUAUAUAUAGUAUAUUGACGCGUAAGAGUGUGUUACGGUGCCCACUCGUGUAUGUGUGUAAAAUAGUAUGCGGCGAUUUCGUUUUUGGUGGCGACAGCGGUGACGGAGGCGACGGCGGAAACGACGAAAAAUAUUAUUAUUGUAUAAUAUAGGCACACGUGUGUUGACGAUUUUCCGGAAUAGCGACUCUAUACACCGAGUAACAAAUUCUUACGUGGCGUAUAUAUAUAAAGAGAGUGAAAGAUGAACUGGACGACAAUGGUUGCGUUGGUAAACGGUACGGCUGACUACGAGGACCCGAUGGGCACGGAGGAGGCGGUCCCCUGCCGGUCAACCUUCAGCGACCGGUUCCCGCUGUCAGCGGUGCUGAUGGUGUUCUGCAUGGUUACCGUGUUCGGCAACUGUCUGGUCAUCAUUGCUGUGGUCAGGGAGCGGUAUCUGCACACGGCGACCAACUACUUCAUCACGUCUCUGGCUUUCGCUGACUUCCUGGUCGGGCUGGUGGUGAUGCCGGUGAGCGCCGUGCAGGAAGUGCUCGACCACUACUGGACGUUCGGCAUCAACGCGUGCGACGUCUGGCGGUCGCUGGACGUGUUGUUCAGCACAGCGUCCAUACUGAACCUGUGCGUGAUAUCACUGGACCGGUAUUGGGCCAUCACCGAUCCGUUCACGUACCCGACGAAAAUGAGCCGGAAGCGGGCGUACCGGCUGAUCGCCGCCGUGUGGGUGUGUAGUAGCGUCAUCAGCUUCCCGGCCAUCAUAUGGUGGCGACUGGUCCGCACCGAACCCGUUCCCAGCAACACGUGUCCGUUCACAAACAGCACCGGUUACCUGAUAUUCUCGUCCACCAUAUCGUUUUACGUGCCACUGCUGGUCAUGGUGUUCACGUAUUACAAGAUCUACACGGCAGCCGUCACGCAAACCCGGUGCCAGCGGCUGGGCACCAAAGUGCUGUCAUCCACCCCGUCGUCCGGUGGUGGUUCCGGAGGUGGUGGAGGUGGUGGCGGUGGAGGUGGCGGAGGUGGUGGUGGAGCUGGUAGCGGUCGGAUGGAACUCACGCUCCGAAUACACCGGGGAGGCGGGACUACCACAUCGGCGUCGGCAGCACACAGUGGUGGUGGAGGCUACACGCGAGCUCAUCAGCUGCAGAAAAACUUUUCCCUAAGUCGGAAGCUGAGCAAGCUGUCCCGCGAGAAGAAGGCAGCCAAGACGCUGGGCAUCGUCAUGGGCGUGUUCAUCGUCUGCUGGCUACCGUUCUUCGUCGUCAACCUGCUGUCCGGGUUCUGCGACGAGAGCUGCGUGUUCAAGGACCAACUUCUAUCGUCCGUAGUUGCCUGGCUCGGGUGGAUCAACAGUGGAAUGAACCCAGUGAUCUACGCCUGCUGGAGCAGAGAUUUCCGCAGGGCAUAUGGUCGGAUAUUGUGUGUAUGUUGUCCCAGAAAGGUACGAAGAAAAUAUCGAAGACCACUACGGUACAGGUCAAGUCAAUACAUGGGAGCGUCUAUGGUAUUAGCUCCAGCCACGGUCACAUACGCCACUGUCAACCAACAAGACAUGUUCAACAUCUAAGUAGACCUUGAAAACUUAAAAUAAUUCAUUGGAUGAGCGAGAAAACGCUCAAGGAAGAUUCACAUCGAGAUAUCAAUCAUAUAAGUAUAAUGUUGUGUUGUUUUACCUAUUUUAAAAUUAUUAUGUAUCUUCUAUAAGACCUAGAUCGUAUAAUUGGCUACGUUCUACGAGCUAAAUAUAUAUUGUUCAUAUGAUAAUUCUUAAUUAUAUCUUUUAAAUCAAACUUUCGGUGGAUAGCGAUAUGUCCCGUGAAAGGAUUGAGACAGGCCCUCGGAUGGGGUGAAGUAUAAUAAUAAGUCUUCGUUUAUAUUCAAUCGCCUCUAUAUUCCUCCUAUUUUUAUUUUUAUUUUACAUUAUUAUACACUAUUUGAAUAAAAUAAUAAAUGCUCACUUUGAUGUCAUCCGUCAUGUUAUUCAUUAUUAUUAUUGAAAUGUUGUAAUUAUUUUUUAAGUCAAUAAUUAGAAUAGACUGAUACUAUGUAUAAUGUAUAUUGUAUAAAUUACUCAACUACCCGGAAAAUAUAUUAUGUUUACCUUUUCAACCAUAUCAUGCACGUGUAAGAAAAAAAAAACAUGGUAAAUAAUAUUUUACCUAUGACCAUGCUACAUUCAUUUUCCCCUAGUUUUAUUCUUUUUUUGGCAAAACUGAGUUCCAAAAUGUAUUUUAAUAUUAUUGUAUUUAUGUAAAAAGUUUUUAAAAAAUAUAUUGUAAAUGCUAAUUUAAAAUUUAUGGUUACAGGGAUUUAUCCAAGUUUUUCUAUGCUGUACAAUUUUUUAAUAUCUGCAAAAAACAAAAUAUGAGUUAAAACCAUAUACAAUUAUAAAAACUAAAUUUAUUAGAUAUCCCGUCUCCAAUAAAAAUUAAGUAAAUUAUAAUAUAAAUUUAUAACUUGAAAAUAUUUGAAUAAUGCAAUUGUGAUAGAAAACUCUUCUCGCCUUACCAUUUAAGAACUUAUCACCAUCGUCUUCAUUCAAAUGUAUGAAUAGGUAUUUACUAUUAAGGUAAUACACAGUGUAAUUGAUAUUACAUAAUUAUACUUAAAUAACCGAUUUUUCAGAUAUUUAAAAUGUCAUAUUUUAGUUUUUAAUCGUUGUUAUAAUAUACAAAAUUACAAACUACAAAACUAUAUCCAUGUUUUCAUGAUUUAAAACAUUGUGUAGGUACAUAAGUCUUACGAAUUUCAUAAAAUAACACUAAAAAAUACUAAGGUCAUUUUAAUUUUGGUUUUAAAAUAAAUAUCUUUAAAAACAUAGAAGUAUUGGAUAAAUCUCUGGUAUUGAUAAUAAUAUUAUAAGCUUUUGUAUUAAAGACGAAACUAUACUCUAUAACAUUUAGGAAAUUACAUAUUACUUUUUCAAUGUUAUUUUUUAUGAUUUCGGAGAUACAUUAAUAGUUUUAACGCUAUAAUAUAUGUGUUUUAUUUUUUUAAUCAAAUCAUUCAGGCGAAUGUUUUAUUCCCACAUAAAAGUGUUUAAUGACUUAGCAAUAAUCGUGUAUGAAUGAAAUAGGUACGUAGCAAAAAUCUUAAAAUCCGUUGUAACUACCUACCUAUAUAAUAUUAGACAAUAACUAGCUAAUCAAAGAGAAGUACCUAUAUUAUUAAAAUCAUUAUGUAUUUUUUAUAGAACCCAGAUUUAUUUUACUUUAAAAAUUUAAUUUAAAAUUAAAUAAUUAUAAGUAUCGUCAUUAUUUUUAUUUUUUAUUUUAUUCAAAACGGAUUUUAGUAAUAACCCAUAACUUUAUGUAUUUAAAUAUAUUCAAAUAGAACUAGAUUAUAGGGUUUUCCACAAUAGCAACGUUUUUAGAACUAUAGAUACUUAUCGUACUAGUUUAUAACAAAUAUGAUUUAUAUAAAAACAAAUCAAUUUAAUUUAAAAAUAUCAAUUGUUGUGGUUGUUUUUUUUUUUUUUAACAAUAUUUUUAGAGAAGUAUUCAUUACUUCUCCUAAAAUCUAGUCAUAUUUUUACUAACAAAUUACCAUAUUGAUAUUUUUUAUUCUUUUUUGAUCAAUUUGAAGUAAUUGCAUGUGUACACCACACUAUAGUAUUAUAAACUACAUACUUACGUAUAAACGAACGUAAUAUCUGUAUUAUAUAUAAAU